AUGUGUCCUAGAAUAAGACGGACUGGAGUUUUGAUUGGUGUUCAUUGCAAGAAUCGCGACCAUGUUCAAGAAAGGAGGCCCCCACACGCGACCCAGCGGCGGCCAGAGAUCGUGACCACGACGGCGAGCGCGGAGCGCGGUUCCUGCACAGUGCCGCCACCUCCGCGCACGCAUCCGACGGACCCGGGGCAUGACGUCUCGCGCGGCGCACCGGUCGGGGCUGGAUGGAGCACGUCGAGCGUGUGCUACUGCAGGGCGCUGCCCAUCGACGCGAAGACGUUGUGCGUGCUCACGAUGGGCAGCGAUGAGGUGGUGGUGCGCGAGGGCAAUUGCAUCGGCGAGAGUGGUGUGUCGGGCGAGAUGAUCAAGAGCGAGCAGGAGCUGGAGAAGGCUGUCCGCACGUCGUGCACCAUGCCCCCCAAGAUCGUCAGCAAGAUGACCCUCGUGACCAUGAAUAAGAUCGGCGGCGAGCCGACCAAGCCCAAGGACAAGAAGGUGGACGGGUGCACGUGGUCGCAGGGCUCCACGUCGGCAAGCUCAAAAGCGGGGCGUCGGUCUGUCAGGCUCAUCCAGCGAGGAGUCCACCAGCGCAGGUGA